UCAUCAUGUCGAAAAAGAAGAUGGUAUAAUCGAUAUCUUGUCAUCAUCUACCCUUCAUAACUUCUUGCUUUCAACUAUGACACAUCCAUCAUGACAGCAACUCCUCAGGAACAACAACUAAACUUAACGAUAAUCAUUACUACAUCAUUUAAUUACAAUGCACAACAAGACAUGAUUAUAAACGAAUUAAUAAAGAACUAUCAUGAAAAUAGUCACAUCAAGUUAUGUCGAUCUAUAGCCUUUGAUAAGCUAAUUCAAAUGGGUCAAGUACUACAGAGCAGAGAUAGAUUAUUAGCUUAUCAAGAAGAAGAGGAUACAAUCUUGGGAGCCGUUGAUAUUAACCCUGUGCAUUAUGGCAUUGAACUAAUAGGCGGAGUCAUGUAUCCUAUUUUGAAAAUGUACUCUCUGGAGGGACCUCAGUCUGCUCUCUUUACCUCCAUCUCAACCAAUAAAACAAAUAUAAUUGAGAUGCCCAUCUAUAGAGGAUUCAGAACGAAUGUCAAUCACAACAAGUUACUGGGUACAAUUUAUUUCAAUCUUCAACCUAAUGAUAUCAUUCGAGUUAUAUUUGACAAUGAACAGAAGGACGUGUUAAAUGUGACAGUAAUAAAUGAAACAACAAGAAAGUCUCAUCAAAUGUUAAUUUCAAAUAAAUGGCAAGAAUUGGUAGAUGAGAUCAUUCUUCGUGAACAAAACUGGGACGCUGAGAUAUAUGAACAAAAUAGAUACAAAGAUGAAGAAUUCAAAUCAGUUAUAGAACAAAGAAUAGAGUCAUUAAAAAGAUUAUCGUGGUGGAAGAAGAAAGAUAUCCUGUAUAAGUCAUUUUCCUUUUUAUUACCAAAGCAUGAAAGACAGGAAAUGGAGCAGUUGAUAGAGUUAAGUAAGAGUAAUAAAUUAUUGUCUUUUUCGCCAUAGUUUAGUGCUUUAAUCCGUUCUGCUUAAUUCAAUUUUGUGUGUGUGUGUGCGCGCAAUCGUCGAUCGAUUUUAUUUUAACACGUAAAUGUUUAUAUUUAUGUGCUCAUAUGAUUCGUACCUGUUUUCAUUCUUAUAAAAUAAAUAACGUACUUUUAUUCUAUAACUCGAUUUUAUUACAUGUAAAUUUUACAUUAGAA